CCACAGUUGGCACGAAUGGCUUACGUAAUUUCGAUCGGAGUGGUAACAGGUGGUCGAAUCUGAAAAAUCGUCAAAAGUGAUCUAGAUGUAAAAGUACAAAAAAAAAACUAUGUGGAAUAUUAUUCAGUAAUUGGAGCAUAAUUGGAGCAUAAUAUUUAAAACGAUAAUUGAAGAACAUUUAAUUAAGCAAAAAUGAUCGAAAUAGUUGUACGUUUUAUUCUUAAUUGCAGUAUUAUAAAUGAUCUGGCGAUUAGCACUAAAUUAUGAUAAGAGCGUUUUCACUCGUCCAAAUACGUUCGAGAAUCGUCCUGCUCCGAAAGCGCUCAGUCAACCGUUGCACAGCCAUUGUACAUCUCAGUCAUAUGUUUUCCAUUAUCGCGCGAUAAUUUGCCGCUGUCAGAUUUUGUGUCAUCGGUAAUCGCAUACCGAAGUGCGUCAUCCGGAUACAUCUCGCACCCGGAACAGCGUUCUUCGGGUCGAACAAUUGCGAAUCGCGGCUUUAGUUGACUCACAGCUAUCACCGCCUAAAUACACGUCUGACCUCGUCAUCACGCACGCAACGUAACCUCUUUUAUCACGUCGCUCGAGAAAUCGUCAGCCUCCUCGUGAAGUUUACGUGACAUUAUCGUCAACUUCGCAGAUAAGCAAGUGAAAGAAACUCGUCGUAGCUGGUGCGACGUGGAGUGUCUCCGUGAUGUGCAAAUGUCGUGCGAUUCGAUGGUACUGAGACUAAAGAGAUCGAUUCGACGACGUUGGAGACUCCGAUUUUAACUUGUAAAUAUACGAACACGAGAGAAUCAAAGUUCAAUACACUGGGUGGAGAAUACACAAGUAUAGGAGACUUGUCAGUCUGGAGGUAACGCUAUACGAUAAGGAUGAAUAGAAAAACUAACAGUGCGACGAGCAGAUUGAAACAGGAUUACUUACGUCUUAAAAAAGACCCGGUACCGUACGUCCUCGCAGAACCAGUGCCUUCAAAUAUAUUAGAAUGGCACUAUGUGGUCAUAGGACCGGAACAGACUCCAUACGAGGGUGGUUUUUAUCAUGGAAAGCUCAUAUUUCCAGGAGAAUUUCCAUUCCAACCACCCAGCAUUUACAUGAUCACUCCAAACGGCCGAUUUAAAGUCAAUGCAAGAUUGUGUUUAUCUAUUUCUGACUUCCAUCCUGAUACAUGGAAUCCAGCGUGGAGUGUGUCGACUAUUCUUACUGGCUUGCUUAGUUUUAUGAUUGAAAAAAGUCCUACACUCGGCAGCAUUAACACACCAGAUUACGAAAAGAGAAAGCUUGCUGUACAGAGCUUAGAAUUUAAUCUGAAAAACAAAAUGUUUUGUGAACUCUUCCCAGAAACUGUUGAGACGAUCAAAGCUGAACUAGAGCGUCGAAAGGAACUCGAAAAACAAGCGAGGCAUCAGUCCACGACGUCCGAGGUCUCUUCGCUGAUACGAGAUCAGUUUCAGAGAGAACAAAGCCCGUUGCACAGUGCGCUAGCUAAUCUUGUCGUUCUAAUUGGUUUUGCCGCAUUUGCAUACACGGUGAAGUACGUGCUGAGGAGCAUAGCCACGGAAUGAAUCGGAAUCGAGCUAAAUUACGAAGUCGCCACAAGCACAAAAUGAGAGAGAGCUGUAACGUGUAUAAUCACACGUGUAGAAUUUUGAAACGACGAGGAGUAAGGAGGAAAAAGAUGUAGGCUCCCGCAAUACUCGCCUGUUAAUAAUCUAUCUGUCGAAUUUGUGCUCAGUUUUACACAGUUCGAGAUUUUUGCCAGUAAACAAUUUGAUAGAUUUUUUAUAUCGAGGUCGAUUUUAAGAACACCAGCUGUAUUAUAAUUGCAAAUUCUAGCUAUCAACGACGAAGAGAUAAUCAUCCUUUUCUCUUUUUCUCUUAAUUCGAAUAAGACACGUGUGCAAGAUAAGGCAACAUAAACAUAAAUUGGCUUCCCGCCUUUUUCAUGCCGGACUUGCACUCGUUCAGUUGUUACUAAUCAGGGAAUAAGAAUAGGUUUCUUCUAGGUUUCUUAUGGCGGUGCAGCAUUCAUAUCUUCCUUUCACUGAAUUUUCCAAUGCUUUUAAAAUUGAUUGUAAUUCAGGUAUAUUCAAAGAUAUAUGCGUAUCAUAAUAUGUCUAACUAGUUCUGUUACAGAGUAUCUCUCUUGGCUAAAAAUGCACAAAUUUACUGAACUCUACGACGUGCCAAUAAGACUAAAAUCGAUAGAAUGUAGUGAAAUUCAUAGCCUGGCUUAUUUCGUUUAUUGAAUGAGCAUCUUGUAAAUAUAAGGAUGGAGGCGUGAUGUGCGUACACACACACACACACACACACACACACCAUAUAUAUAAUUAUAUAUAUAUAUGAUUGAUAUAUAUCAAUUAU